AUGUCGAUGGCUUCGAACGAUGUACCGCGAGACGACCAUCCCCGGGAUGUGUCUACCACGCCAGCCGGCGUAGAGCACCCCGACGCGGGUUCCUCGGCCCACCUUCUCGUAUACCAGGCAGGCCAUGAUGCCAUGCAUGACAGCCACUCCGCCCCAAACGAUCAUCACUUGCAUUCAGAUAGCUACCUCCCGGAUUCUUCCCCGGGCAAUGGGCGGUCAAUGAGCCCCUAUCAUGAACGGACCACUUCGGAGGAUGAAAGUAGUUCCGCCAUCAUCGAUGAGCCCUCCACCCCCGAGGUAAUCCGCUCCAUCAGCCCCAUACAAUACAAGGACGAACGCGAGCAGCUGGCUGCAAGUGGCUCGUCACUCGUGACGUACUCUUCGCAAUAUGAGUUCCAUGAGACGGUCCUCGAUUCUCGAAAGGCGGAGGUCCUGAGCAGGGUGGGCUAUUUUGAGAGUAACCCUAGGCAUGGACAUGGGUCUAUUGGCAGAAAGACCGUCUCUCCUCCCUUCUCCCCCGCAAGGGAUCGUUCAAAGGGCAUCAACUCUCCAAUCGACAAUCUGAACUUUUCAGAUGCUCCAGGAUACGAGCCCGAACGUGUCAAAGAGAGCGAUACCGCCCCACCGCGGCGGUCUCCAAGCUGGAAGCCACGCCCUGAUGCUUUCCCCGCUGGGCGUCUGAGCAGUGGUGGGGAUAGGGCUUUCUACAACCUGGAGUCGCCCUCGACUGGUCAGGCCAGGCCUUUCCGACCGAGACGAGGAGCGCGGCCCGCAACGCCCCCCGCAAGAAUAAUCCCCCGUCAUGGGGGUCAUGGUAGUCAUGGUAGUCCAGGUGGGCUUGCAAGUCCGCCGGAGUGGACUGGAACUCCUCCCCAUGGAGGUGGAGGGAGAUUCAAUCUGGCGAGAUAUGUCCUGGGGAUGAAGCCUCGCUUUGCGACCGCAUUGCCGACGGGGCUGCCCACCAAAGUGACGACGCUGAGAGAGGUUCAGCGGAGGAUGGACGAUUUGCGACUCAAGCUCAUGCCGCACCGGGCCAGUCGGACGGAUUGGAUUCUGCAUCGCGCCGACGGACUGGCGGAGGAUAUCGAUGCUUUCAUGUCGGCCCUUCGACCGGCGGAUCCUGCAGUGGCCGACUGCUCCAAUCUGGUGAUGGCCUCUUUCUUGCAUCUCAUCCAGCUCAUCUCGGUCUCCAAGCGGUCCAAGUGGGCCAACUCGGUGGUUUUGGAGCAGGCAUUCACCGUCCUGGAUCAGAUGGCGGUGAUCCUGUACCAUUUCACUCAGCACUUGGGGGUCCCCACCGCAGAAACCUCUCAUAUCGCCAUCCUCGCUCUGGUCGAGGUGAUCAACUUCAACUGGGACAUUUUGCAAGCGGUCCAGAACGAGCCAGUGUCCUCGGCGAGUAUCGCAUUCAGGCUACGGUUCAGAACACACCUCAAGCAACUCGUGGAACUGGAGGAACGGUUCUCUGUCCAAGUCUGGCGAGUUGCUAUCGAGCGCUCUUCGAUGGACUCCCUUAGGGAUACGGAUGGGGCUAAGGAUCGGACUGCAGCCCACAAAACCGGGAUAGAGACCAUUCGAAAAUGGCUGUCGAACGGGGCGACGACUGAUCGGCCGAUCAAAUUCCACGCCUUCUCUGCUACGACUGAUGCAGACACCGAGUUGCCCCUCAAGUGGUUGUCCGACCUAACCACCAGGUUCUGGCAAAGCCACAAGUCCAUGCUGUUCAUCAUCGGGGAGGCGGGGACGGGCAAAAGUGCCUGUGUCAGGUCAAUCUUGGAUCGGUCAAAAAGUCGUUAUUCGCGCAGAGCAAAGGUCCUCUACUUCAGCGUUGAUCCAUCCCUCGAAGGCUGUCGGACUUCAACCGACCUUGUCAAAAGUCUCCUCCUUCAAUUAUUCGAACAGACAAUCGGGGAUGCUGCUUUCCUGCAAUCCUUCCGUGAUGUGUACGGCAAUGAGGGCGAUGAAGAUGAGCGCCGCCUGUGGUCCAUCUUACAGCAGCAGGCAGCUUCGUUGAGUGCCAAGUAUUCUGGCGAGGAACUGCUGCUGGUCAUCGACGGACUGGACAAGAUUAAGGGAGACAAGACCCAAGUGUGCGUGUGGCUUCAUGAGGUGGUCAAGCAGUCUCUGCGGCAUCGCUGCAUCUUCCUCUCUCGGCCGCUCUUCGAUGGGAACUACGGAGCCGACAGCCUCCAUUUCGAGAUCGAUUCCCGGGUGCUCGAAGAGGAUACUCGCUUCUUGGUGAGGACACGGGUCCAGCAAAUUGGCUUUUUGAAGAGAAACGAGAGGGCAGCCCGGUUCGUGGGGGAGCGAGCUCUUCAACGCCCGGUGGACUCGCUGCUUAGGGCCCAUCUGCUGGUGGCCCUGAUCGAGCUGCAGGAAAGCUACCGGGAAUCCACUCUCGUUCUGCAGUCGAUCCCAACCGCGCUCCCAGACUUCAUUGAUUUCAUGAUCCUGCAGGUCAAAUUCGAUGACCCACAAGUGAAGCAUCUGCUGUCAUGGCUGCUGGUGGCUGAGCGUGCCAUGACACUGAGGGAGAUCGAAAUCAUGAUUGACCCACACUUUGCCGUUGGGUCCCUGGGCUCCAAUGCCACUCAGUUCUUCCGGAAAUCUUGCGCAUCUUUGAUCGAUAUUCGGCAAGGUUUCGUUCAAUUUGUUCAUCCCCUGAUCAAGGAACGCUUGGUCCGGCUGGGUCACGAAUCAACCAUUUCAUUGAGCCCUGGGGCGGCUCACCGAGUCGUCCUCUGGCGCUGCUUGGAAUAUAUCCAACAUCGCUUGCCCGAUGCUGGCCCGAGCAGGUUGACGCUAGAAGAAUCAGGUUCCUUGGGCAACCAGAUCUUGGCUCGUGUUGCAAAGGAUCCCCUUCUCGAAUACUCAAUCCUUCAUUAUAUCAAACACUAUGAAGAGAGUCAACCAGAUAGCAUUUCUGAAUUCCGGAAGGUGUAUCUCGACUCCCCCCUGCUGGCACAGCUGGAGCACCAUUACUGGAAGUUACACACCAGCGAUGCUCUGGAGCACAAGCAUCUUCAGGCUCUCGAUUUCCGUAAGGCAGUUCAUGGUGGGCGCAGUGUCUCGGUUGUGCAGACGCUGAUCACUUUGUCAAUGUUGUCCAACGCAUCUGGACGUCGAGCAAAAGCCGUGACUUACCUCGGUGAAGCGUGGUGUCUAGCGUCCAGGUUACCGGACCAGGAUAAACCUCUCUGCCGGGAACUGGCCAUGGAGUACAGCAAUCUUUGCAUUUCUGAAACGACGUCCGGGUUACAGGUGGGCGUGGACAUGCUCUGCGAAGAACUAUACGAAUUCCUCUGGGACCUCGAACAAGAAAUGGGCACCCAAUUGAGUGAGCGUGCACUAUCGCAGGUGGAGAUACUCCUCCAAAUCUACCAGCACAGGAACAAGCGAGAACAGAUGGCGGGAUUGCAGCGUCAGCUGUAUGAAAGGGCGACUGUAACAUUUGGUAGGUCUGAUAUCCGGACCUUAGACUACGCAAAUCGUUUCGCCGAGGUUCUGUUCACUCUCAAUUGCCAUCACGAGGUAGGCAAUCUAUGUGAAGAGCUCCUCAUUGAAAUGCGCGAUGAGAUUGAGGUCUGGGACCAUCGUCACCUUCGGAUUCUCUUCCACCUCGUCGAGUCGUAUGAUAGCCAGGGACAGCAACUCCAGGCCGAAACCGAACUACGCAGCGCAUGGCAGACGCUCUAUCGCGCCACCGUUGAUAGGACGAGUCCGGAUGCCCGUCUGGCAUUUAUCCAAGUGACUUUGCGACUGGGAAAACUCUUGAUCACCUCUUUUAAUUACCUCGAAGCCAGUGAGAUUGCCAUCAAGCUCUGGGCGGCCCUCGAAGAAGACACAUUUCCAAUGGACGAGACCACUCGCCGGGAGCUCCUGGCGUUGAGCGACUACUACAUCCAGGCUGGCAUUUAUGAACCGGUCAUCCCUGUCCUCGUGGAGUUAAGAUCUAUCUACCCCGAUGGUCUGAGCAUCAAUACUUACGUUGAGGCUGUCCGAAUCAGCAUCCUCUUGUCGAAGUGCUAUCGACACCAUCCCCACCGUGGCGAUGGAACGGAAUUCCUUGUCGAGCUUGUUGAGGCCCUCCUCCUCAUGGAUAUUGUCAACGAGCACUGCAUUGAUGUGGUCGCCGAGCUAGUUGAUCACUAUAAAGAACGGCGUGACUGGCACGGUGCAGCUCCCAUCUGCUACAAGGUGCUCGAGCGCGUCUGGCCCGAGCUAUGCCAAUGGGAAGAUUACGAUCCCACCAUUCCUGAGGUGCUAACGGAGAGUGGCUUGAGAAUGGGUCUGGUGUACGCCAGACUGGUUGUCAGUCAGAGCUCCAAGGAUGAGGCAGCCGGCGUGCUACGCUUCGUCUUCACCUCAUUCCGCGACUCGGAUCGAGUAGGUGAUAUGUAUGUCUUCGAAGCCGCAGACCUGUACUCCGAGGUUCUACGAGAUGCCGGACACAUGUCUGAGGCGAUCGAUGUUUUGCAGUCGCUUCACACCCAAUUCCCCGAGCCCUAUGGUGCCCACCAUGACCAAUACAGCCAAAUUGCCGAAAAGCUGGUGGAUCUGUACCAGAUGACCGACAUCCAAAACGUGUCCGAAGACAUUUUGUUGAACAUUGUUGAAAGCUUCGGGCACGGUGAGGGCCUGUGCCAGUCAACAUGCUUCAACGCCGUGCUGGUUUUGAUCCAAUUGUACGAAGCGAAGGACCGACCCAGCGAGAUGCGCACCUGGUAUGAGCGACUGUGGGGGGCCAUGAUGCUGCACCGCGGCGCCGGCGAUAUCACCGAUGAUCAAAUGUUCGGGGUUCUGCAGAAGUACUCGAGCUUGUUGCUGUUGCACAAUCAGCAUGCAGAGGCCAUCCAGAUCACGCGAGAGCUGCGCACGCUCGUGUCGCGCGAUAGCAUCUGGCUCACCCAAGUCGACUACGAACUGGCCCUGCUCCUCGAAGGGGAUCAGCAAUACCGCGAGGCCGUGGAUCUCUACGAAGGGAUUUGCCAGAGUGACAUGGAGAUGUCGGAGGACCAGCAUCAGAUUCCGCCCUUUGUAACUGAGGCCACCGAGCGGUUGUCGCGCCUUUACGCCCAGCAUGCCAGCCUGGCCGGUAGGGCUGAGGAGAUGCUGCGUCGUGCAUGGCAAACAGCUCUGCGCAGCAGAGGAUGCUCCGAUGACCACACUGUCGCUUGUUUCCACCGGUUGAUGGACUUUUACGGCCAAGAGAGCAGUCGCACCGGCCGCGCAUGGGCCCAAAUGGAAGAGUUUAUCGUCCAGAUCAUGAUCGAGGAACUCAAUGAGGAACGUCUCUACGACUGGGCCUGGACUUUUUCCAAACUCUAUCAACAGUUCGGCGACGUCAACACUGGAUUGCAACUCCUGCACGACUUGCGUGCCGAGCGCGCAUUCCUGAUGUACCGGACCGAAGUCCCAGUCCCACGCAUCGGCGAAGCCAGACUCUUGCUGGUGGAUCGUCGAUCAUUCAUCCUGGUCAAUACCCUAGAAGCCCUCUUGAUGGGUCGACCCCAAGCCCCCGUGCUCGCGGAGAUCAUCCAGGAAGUUCUGACCGAGAGCGCCCUCUAUGAGGUGUGGGCCAAUAUCAAGCGCGUGAAAAGCUCUCUGCAGACUGGCCUCACUGUCAGUUCUCGACUCAUUUUCCUUCUCCAAGAGCGGGGGCGUAAAUACGAGGCGGGUGCACUGCUUCAAGAGGCAUGGGCGAUGUUCCAAUUGCACACCCAGCAAGAUCUGUCACAGUCUGGAGUCGUCUGGGCAUUCUUCAAUGACUGUCUCCACGAACUCCACAAGCGCCAACCCACCAUUUCUCUUGUCACCUCCCUGGUCAACGCUUGUAUCGAGCUGAAGCGCACACAAUACUUUGCAGGCUGUUUCACACUCGCCAAAUGGGCCCACGAAUACUUGACGCGCGAUGUUUGGGGCUCCCAGACCAAGGAGAUCACCCGGCUGGGCUUCAGACUCGUCCAGGCAAUCCGCUCAGACGAAUCGGCCUCCCCGAUUACGAUUCCAGGGGAUCUCCAAGAGCUCACGGAAGAGCUCAUCAUCGGACUCGUCUACCACGGCCGCAGAGACUGGAUUGACGUUACCGGGCUCUCGUUGGGGGAAGUCAACAUUGUGAUACAAUUCCUCAGCGACAAGAACGACAUCGACUGCCUCGAGCAAAUCUUCCAAUCCCUCUGGAAUGCGCGCAUCCUGCUCGACAACUGGCACCUGAACACUACCGUCUCCAUCGGGCUGCGUUUAUGUGAGGUCAAGUUCGCGCGCGGCCAGUGCAGUGAAGCCCACGACCUCAUCGACGACAUGCUCUACAACCUGCACGACGUGUACGAUGAGUGGGAUGAGUUGCACCCGCUCAUCAUCCGCUGCGAGAACCUGCGCGCCAGGUUUCACAACCGCCAGGGCCAGCAUAGCCUCGCCCUGACAGUACAUCACGACCUCCUGGCGCAGGCAGUGGACAGACACCUCUCCCAUGGGCCCGAGGACAGCCAUGAGGAGCAGGCCUUGACCACUUCGGAAGCGUGGAACGACAUCAUGCUGGAUCAGGUGCGCUCUCUCAAGGCUACAUAUGAGCUAAACGAGGGCUGGGAUCUUCACGGCGCCGAGCACUACCUGAAUACUCUGGAGGAGGCAUUCAAUCUGGCGGCCGGCUCGGCGGCAUGGGAACACUGGCAGACGCUGGAGGAACCGUCCACGUGGCAGCCAGUGUGCCCUAUCCCGAAGGCAAGUCGAGGAGAAUCGGAUACUACCGGUCUGAAGGCCGGAGACGUACACGGGCUGUGGGUGGUGCCUCAGGAUUGGACGAUUCCGGAGGAUGAGGCGGAAGAGUCAGCCCCAGACCCUACCGUGGAUUAUGGAGACCGGUCAUGGCAACUAUAG